AUGCGCAAUUCCACUUCAGGGGCUAAUUUUCCAACCCGAAGAAUUUGUAAAGAAGGGAAGAAAAUUGCGUUACUAUUUGCUCCGGAUGGUUGCACCAUGUCGAGGCGCAAGCAAGCUAAGCCACAGCAAAUCAAUUCCGAUGAGCCCGGUUCGUCAGAAAAUGGUGAGUUUUUGGACUGAUAAACCACUUUUGGAAAGAGUCGCGCAGGGUUACAUUUAUACAAUGUUGCAAGAUAGCAACAUUUUUAUUUGGAAAGUUAUACGUUGUUUCUCCUUGCACUUUGACCUGGUUGGAUCAUGACCCUUGGAACUGACCAUGCUUUUUUAUGAAUAAACCUGCGAGUUUGUGUGAAGUUUUACUAUUUUUGCCAAAAUACAGUUGACUUUUUGAAAUUGUAUAAGCGAGUUUCUUGAUUAGAAACCUUUUGCGUUUAUUCGUGAACAUUCGUGUGAAUAAAAUACGGUUUAAUCGAUUUGAACAUCAAUUGAUCAAUCGAUUUCGUUUUGUUUGAUAGUGAGCCAGAAAGUCCACUGUAAACGACAUGAUGCCUUAACUUUUAUCUAAGUUUUUCGAAAGUGUUACCUAUGGAAUACGAAACUGGAAUAGCUGGGUGACUAUCACUAACGUGGUUAUUGCUGUGGGCUAUUUUAGAAUAUGUGAAUGUUUGGUUGGCUGUCUUUUAGAAGAUUAAAAAUAAUUGUAGACAAAUCAGUUGCACGUCUUUUGAUCUUUUCACAUAGGCCUAAUUGAACAACUAUCCAUGUUGCGCAUCAUAAUUUGAUUGCAUGUGUUGUUUCUCCUGCUUUGACUGUAGAAGUUUUAUUUGUGCUCAAACACAAGGCAUAUAUUUUUGUGCUGUAUUUUGGGAGCAAUUUUAUAACAAAGGUGUCCGACAAUGUAGUAUGAAAUGUGACUCAGAAGUAAGCUGACUUAAGGUGAGGGGGUUUGUAGGCAAGCAAGAGUUGGGGGUGCGGCUUGUGUUGCCAUGUAAAGCAUGCCAUGGUAAUGAACAUCACUUUAGGAAUGAUAUAUAUAUUGAUUCUACAUACAUUUAGGCUACGCUGCUUGAUUGGGAACGUGCAUAUGUUCGAUAACUUCUUGUCGGUGUUUCUUUGAUCUGAGAAUGGUGACAUGUCCCAUUUAAUACAGGCUAUCAAUGUACUCAUUAAGUGGCAACCCUUGUGUAGUUUCACCCCGUGCCAUAUUGGUGAUCUGAUACAAUUUAUGUGCCACCAAGUGGUCAAAUGAAUACCUGACACAAGUGGGGAAGUCAGUCAUGUUAUUUAUAUAUAUAUAUAUUUCUUCACUUGUUUUCCCUUCAUUUUGCGGGUUGUUCUUGAUUAGUUGCGUCUCUCAAAAUCGCCCACUUUUUUGCAUAGGGAGUCAUAAGGUAACGUUCUCUGCCUACUGCGUUAUUAUGCACUGUAACAACAUUGCCAACUUGUUUGACAAUUAACGGAUUCUGAAUACAAUGCCAUUUGCCAUUUUUUCCACCCCACUCCAGUUGCCUGGUGAUUAACAAGUCCAGCAACAGUUUCGUUGGAAGAAUGCAGACAGGUGGUCUACCCCACAGAGAGAGGACAUUAGCGUUUGACAAUGCGACUGGUUGUGAAAUGGCCUCUCGGUGGGCAGACAAAUUAAAAUAAUCACAUUUAUUCCAGUCCGACAUGUUCCAUUUUGCUAGAAUGUACUUUUCAUGUAAAUGAGAAGUUGAUAUGCGAGACGAUUGCCCCUGAUAUUUUCUGGGUUUUAAAGGCAAAUCGAUUGAUGUCUUCUAUAUAAAGCCGCUGCUCUGACUGAUUAUUGUGAGCAUAGGCACACAGUCGUUUGUUUUAUAUAGAUUUUGGUGUGAAGUUACAUUCAAGUACAGGUAAUGUAGACUACAUCUUUGUUUAUAGUUCACACCAUACUUCCCAGACUUGAAUUAUUGUGGCAAAUUCAGGCUUAUUACAGGCCCACACAAUAUGAAUAUUGGUUUACAUGUGGCCUUAUAAUAAAGUAUGCUCUGUUAUAGGGAUUCAUUUCAGUUUCUAAAUUGAAAUGAGUGUCAUUAGAGCCAGGCUGGUCUUUGUCUUCAUUUUUUAUUUUACAGGAGACCUUGGUCGCUUGCCCCUGAUGUUUUUGUCAAUGUUGCCCUCUGCUGGCUCAGUUGUGCACUGAGCCGAAAUUACACGAAACCCUCAUGCUAGCAAUGCAUUGAAUGGAAAUGUGAUUGAGAAAAGCUUUUCAUGAAUGUAAAUGACUUAUUCAAGUUUUGCCCACCAAGCAAUAUUAAUUUCUAAUAUAGAUUAACCUAAUUAUUAAAGUAUUUGAAUACCACCUUUAGUGUAUGUGUAUAUAUAUUAAAGUUUGAUAAGGGAUAUAUAUAGAAAUAUAUUGUUUGACUGAAAUUGAAAAAGAGAACUCUAAAUGAUUGAAUUUCAAUUCUACAGAAUGUACUUAUACUGGCUAUGUUUAAUUAUCCAGACUUAUUUAUACUUGGUGACUUUAGUUGGUUUAUUGUUAUUUAAGUGGUUUUAACCUGAUAUUUUCCUGCUUAUUAUCAUUACAGGGGUUCUACAAGACGGUCAAACUGAAGAGGAUGGGAAUGAGGUGAAGAGGUUUAGAAUGGAUGAGACGAAGGUCUGCAACAAAUGCUGUGCUGAACUCAUCGAUGAGGCUGACUUUUUCAAACAUCAGAAUAAUUGCACUAAAAGUAAUGAGAUGGUCAUCAUGAAAGAUGGAGAGGGGAGAGAAGUACCAGAAGAGUUCUCACAAGGAGGCUCCCCCGGUGACUUCCAGAGUGACUACAGUGACUGCCAGUCCUGCAGUAAUACUCUAUCAAAGUCCAAUGCAGUGUCUAUGGAAAGGAUGGAGGAAGAACCAAAAUCAAACAGUGAGGAACAACCAUCCAAACAAGACCAGGUGGAGAUGUCUGACAGUCCCAGGCCUGAGAUGAGUUGCCAUCAGCACCAAGCCUCAGCCAAACCCCAAGAUUCAAACGUCACCUUGGAGUCAAUGCCUUGCACCAAAGUGGCCGUCACUCAGCAUUCAUCAAACAGUGGGUCGAACAACCGCAAGUCUCCACAGGCCACCCAGGAGGCCUUGCAGGCCAUCCCCAUGAUCCUGGAACAGCUGGUGGCCCUCCAGCAGCAGCAGCUCCAGCAGAUCCAACUGACUGAGCAGAUCCGUAUCCAGGUGGCAAUGAUGGCUCCACAGAGCCUCCACUCGGCCCUAGGGGCAGCAGUCGACCCCCUCAAAGCCCUAGGAGUUCAUCUCUCCCAGCAGCUCUCUGCUGCAGCAGCCCUGAUCGGCAAGAGGACUAGCAACCAGAGCCUCUCACUAGAGUCACUCAAACAGGGUAAACUACCUCCGUCCAACUGCAUUCCCACCUCACUGGCUCAAGGCCUGGGUCCGAUGCCCUCCAAAGCCGAGAUAUUGAAGGGGCUCCCAGACCUGGCCAACCACCUACCAGCGUUACUGCCUCACUCACCAGGCUCCAUGGCCUUCCAAAGUCCCUUCACUGGCCUCUCAUCAGGGAUGGAUCCCUCUAAGAAAGUAAAGAGCAAGAUCCCAAAUAUGCCGGAGUCUAAAAACGGGUCUGGUGGCGACAGCAUGUACAAGCACAAGUGUAAGUACUGUUGGAAAACUUUCGGGAACGACAGCGCACUCCAGAUCCAUUUGCGCUCACACACUGGAGAAAGACCGUUUAAAUGUAACAUAUGUGGAAACCGCUUCACAACCAAAGGAAACCUCAAAGUGCAUUUCCAGAGACACAAGGAGAAGUACCCUUACAUCAGGAUGAACCCACACCCUGUGCCAGAACACCUUGACAACAUUCCCACCAGCAGCGGCAUCCCCUACGGCAUGUCAAUGCCCAUUGAAGAAUCCAACAUGGUGGACAUGAAGCCAAUGCUCUGCCUCCCAUCUCCAGGUUUCCACCCAUCAGCACUGCAGGGGUUCAAGCCUUCAUUUGAUGGUUUCAGGAGUGACCCGUUCUCCCAAAGAGCGUCAUCAGGAAGUGACUGCGCAUCAAUUUCCUCAAACAUGUUCAAUCACGAAAUGGGCUCUGAUCAGGACCACCAUGUAUCUAAAGAGCUAUUGGGAGCGCUGCAUCACAUGAAUGGCAAUUGCCUUCCUGGCGACCACAACAGCUCUGAAACUGCCAAACUACAGCAGAUGGUGGAUGGGCUGGAAAAGAGGACCAAUGACCCAAACGAGUGCUACAUCUGCCACCGGGUGCUCAGCUGCCAGAGCUCCUUGAAGAUGCAUUACCGUACGCACACGGGUGAGCGGCCCUACAAGUGUAAGAUCUGUGGCCGUGCCUUCUCUACCAAUGGCAACCUCAAAGCUCAUUACGGUGUCCAUCGGGCCAACACGCCCCUCAAGAUGCAGCACUCCUGCCCCAUCUGCCAGAAGAAGUUCACCAAUGCUGUGGUUCUUCAGCAGCACAUCCGCAUGCAUAUGGGAGGCCAGAUCCCCAACACCCCCAUGCCAGAGACCCAGUUUGAGGCCUUUGAAGAAAUUGACUCCUCUCUGCCCGAUGAGAAGUCCAUGGACACCAAUGGCUUUGCAUGCAUGGAAGACCAAGACACAGAGCUUGACUCUCAAGAAAAGCCAAGCAACACCUCAGAUUCUCUCGCACCAUCUUCCUCUGAGGAACUGCACCAACCUAAUCAGGCUCCUCCAUCCUCUAUGUUCUCCAGCAUAGCUGCUCAGGAGAACCACAUGAAGAACCUCCCCUCGGCUCUCAACCUGCAACGCCAAAGCGGCACUGCCGCGGAGUGUGAUGGAGUGCCCCCCAAAGAGUCCCCCUCAGCCUCCGAGUGCAUCCGGGAGCAAGAGUACCAGAACGGCCGCAGCCCUGCAAUCUCAGACUCUGUCUCCUUCCACUCCUCAUCACCAGUCAACAGCCAUGUAGGCAGCAGCCAGUCCAAGUCCCCCGAGUCAGCCAUCCCUGAGGAUUACACCCAAAAUGGGCCUAGAACAGACUCUGACAGCAGCUCUCAGGAUGCCAAUGGAGCUCUGGACCUGACGGCACCCAGCUUCACCCCAAAAACCAUCAAAGAAGAGCCUGGCCUGCUCUUUACUAAUGGGGAGUAUGGUAAGUGUAUAAACCCCUUUGAUUAGAAUGUGCUGUAUUGUAAAUCAAUCACAUCCCCUGUAGGAUUUGGAGUAAUCUUGAUUGUUUAUUAACUGGAUUUGUUUUUAUUCUCAACAGCUCCCAGUCAUUUGCCUCCUUUUAUGAGGGUGCCUCCCAGUCUGGUCAAACUGGAGAGGCAGAUUCCCCCAGAGAUAUCCAUGGGCAUGGGCCCUCUAUUUGUCUCCCAGAUGCCCCAGGGAGCGGGAGGGCAACCACAGGAUGGCUCCAGUGCUCACCGUAGAUCCAGCAAGCAGCACCUGUGUAACUCCUGUGGCAAAAACUUCUCCUCUGCCAGCGCCCUGCAGAUCCAUGAGAGGACCCACACUGGCGAGAAGCCCUUCGGCUGCACCAUCUGUGGCAGGGCCUUCACCACUAAAGGCAACCUCAAGGUAAGGCUGACUUUUAUAUAAAAUAAAUGCUAUUAAAGCCUUUGUCUUUCAUGGACUCUGUGGCCUGGUAUGAAAUGGCUAACUUCCUGCAAUUCUAAACAUUUUCCCAUGGGGCAAAAAUAAAAAUGUGCAUUUUUAUACAGAACAAGUAUUUGAAACACUGCCAAUUUUGCAGGUUUUCCUACUUACAAAGCAUGUAGAGGUCUGUAAUUUUUAUCAUAGGUACACUUCAACUGUGAGAGACGGAAUCUAAAACAAAAAUCCAGAAAAUCGCAUUGUAUGAUUUUUAAGUAAUUAAUUUGCAUUUAAUUGCAUGACAUAAGUAUUUGAUCACCUACCAACCAGUAAGAAUUCCGGCUGUCACAGACCUGUUAGUUUUUCUUUAAGAAGCCCUCCUGUUCUCCACUCAUUACCUGUAUUAACUGCACCUGUUUGAACUCGUUAACUGUAUAAAAGACACCUGUCCACACACUCAAACAGACUCCAACCUCUCCACAAUGGCCAAGACCAGAGAGCUGUGUAAGGACAUCAGGGAUAAAAUUGUAGACCUGCACAAGGCUGGGAUGGGCUACAGGACAAUGGGCAAGCAGCUUGGUGAGAAAGCAACAACUGUUGGCGCAAUUAUUAGAAAAUGGAAUAAGUUCAAGAUGACGGUCAAUCACCCUCGGUCUGGGGCUCCAUGCAAGAUCUCACCUCGUGUGGCAUCAAUGAUCAUGAGGAAGGUGAGGGAUCAGCCCAGAACUACACGGCAGGACCUGAUCAAUGACCUGAAGCGAGCUGGGACCACAGUCUCAAAGAAAACCAUUAGUAACACACUACGCUGUCAUGGAUUAAAAUCCUGCAGCGCACGCAAGGUCCCCCUGCUCAAGCCAGCGCAUGUCCAGGCCCGUCUGAAGUUUGCCGAUGACCAUCUGGAUGAUCCAGAGGAGGAAUGGGAGAAGGUCAUGUGGUCUGAUGAGACAAAAAUAGAGCUUUUUGGUCUAAACUCCACUCGCCGUGUUUGGAGGAAGAAGGAUGAGUACAACCCCAAGAACACCAUCCCAACUGUGAAGCAUGGAGGUGGAAACAUCAUUCUUUGGGGAUGCUUUUCUGCAAAGGGGACAGGACGACUGCACCGUAUUGAGGGGAGGAUGGAUGGGGCCAUGUAUCGCAAAAUCUUGGUCUCCAGACCUGAACCCAAUAGAAAAUCUUUGGAGGGAGCUGAAAGUCUGUAUUGCCCAGCGACAGCCCCAAAACCUGAAGGAUCUGGAGAAGGUCUGUAUGGAGGAGUGGGCCAAAAUCCCUGCUGCAGUGUGUGCAAACCUGGUCAAGACCUACAGGAAACGUAUGAUCUCUGUAAUUGCAAACAGGUUUCUGUACCAAAAAUUAAGUUCUGCUUUUCUGAUGUAUCAAAUACUUACGUCAUGCAAUAAAAUGCAAAUUAAUUACUUAAAAAUCAUACAAUGUGUUUUUCUGGAUUUUUAUUUUAGAUUCCGUCUCUCACAGUUGAAGUGUACUUAUGAUAAAAAAAUUACAGACCUCUACAUGCUUUGUAAGUAGGAAAACCUGCAAAAUCGGCAGUGUAUCAAAUACUUGUUCUCCCCACUGUAGCUAAUCUCAUGCAAUUCUACACAUUUUGACAUGAGGCUGAGAAUUUCUUUGGUGUGUUGACUGUGAUAAAUGCACUGGAUUAUGAGCUGUAUUUGCUAAAUGAACAAAUGAAGUAGGCGGUGGCAUGGUGCAUAUAGCCAUAGAAGCACAGUGACAUAUGCCUCAAUGCAGUCAUAUUCAUGGAUAAUUGGGGGUGUGGCUUUCAGUUAUUUAUGUCCACCCAUCCCAUGAGUGAAUGUCAUUCCAGUGCACUGCUUGCUAUGAAUUCUAUCUGAUGUUUAGGUAAAAAUACAAAUAAUGUCCUGUUUGGAACAUGAGUAGAGAUCAUUAUAUUUUUUUGUUGCUUAAUCUGAUUGGCUGGGUCUGGGCCCACCCAUGCCUACGUGGCUGGAUUGUCCCAAGUAGAUGUUCAAUAACUGUCAACAUUUCGAUUAACUAACCUUAACCCUAAACUUAACCCUUACCUCAAUCCUAGCCCUAACCUUAAACAUUACCCUAACCUUAGCAAGCAUUUGCUUAUCAACAGAUAGUUUAAUAGUAUGACCAUCUAUAUUGGACUGUCCAAAUAAGUCUGACCUAAUUUUCUGUAGUAAUAUCUAUGCCAUGCUUGUUUUAGGUGCACGUUGGUACUCACAUGUGGAACAGCUCUGCGAGGCGCGGCCAGCGCCUCUCUCUGGACAACCCCAUGGCCCUGAUGGCGAUGAGCUCAGAGUCUGGCAACAUGAUGCCAGAUAUGAUGCCUCCUCCCAAGGAACUGGGUCCUCCUCCGCCAAUGAACUUCGACCAGUCUCUGUGGAACCAGUACACUGCUGCUUUCACCAACGGCCUGUCCAUGAAGACUAACGAGAUCUCUGUGAUCCAAAAUGGCGGAAUGCCCAUGCCUGGUAGCCUGGCCGGUGGUCCUAUGGUCCGCUCUACUGGAGGCCUGAUGAAAAUGGAUUGCUCCCACUCUGGCCUGCCUGCCACCAUGGCAGAGAUGGAAAGGAAUGGCUCUGAGUGCGUGGCCAGAUCUCAGUUCCAACAUUUCAUGGAGGAAGGGAAAAUUGCAGUGAACUAG